UCAACCGCCACUCCGCCAACCAACAAAUCGACACGAUCAUGAUGCGGCAGAGUUCACCGUCUCCCUCCAUCGUCCCCAAACGAAAAGAAAGCAAAAAUGUACGGCAGUUCACUGAAUCUCUUGGACAGCAAAUGGUUCUCUACGGCGGCGAGCAUAUGGAUACAGUGCACCAGCGGCUCCCUCUACACCUUCUCCGUCUACUCUCAGGCCAUCAAGACAACGCAGGGCUACGACCAGUCAACGCUCGACACCGUCUCUGUCUUCAAGGACUUCGGAGCCAACUGUGGCGUCCUCUCUGGCCUCCUCUACUCGUACUCCGCCAGGUGGCGAAAGCUCUGGUUGGUCCUCCUGGCCGGGGCGGCCCAGUGCUUUUUGGGUUAUUUUCUAAUGUGGGCCGCCGUAGCCGGCGUUAUUCCCCGGCCUUCGGUGCCUGUGAUGUGUCUGUUCAUGUUCGUGGCGGCUCAUGCGGUGUCGUUCUUUAAUACCUCUAAUGUGGUCACUGGCGUCAGGAAUUUUCCUUAUUAUAAAGGCACCAUCGUUGGCAUCAUGAAGGGGUUUCUCGGUCUGAGUGGAGCAAUCUUGAUUCAAAUAUACCGGACAUUUUUGCACAAGAAACCGGCUUCAUUUCUUCUGAUGCUGGCACUGCUACCUACCGUAAACACAUUGUUGCUUAUGUGGUUUGUGAGAAUCCACAACAAGUGCGAAGGAGACGAGAAGAAGCACCUAAAUAGUUUGUCGCUGAUUGCGCUUGUUGUUGCAGCUUAUCUUAUGGGGUUUAUAAUUUUAGAGAACAUCCUUACUUUGCGGUUUGCCAUACGCUUCGUUGCUUUUGUUGCACUUCUGCUACUGCUUGCCUCACCUCUUUGCAUUGCGAUUAGAGCGCAUAAAAGGGAGUCUGAUAGAGUUUCACAGACUUUAUUAGUUGAGGGUGGCCAGUUAACAGAUACCGAGGUCAACUGGCGAGAUAGUGGGAAAAGGAAUGCGCAAGAUCGUAGUUCUGGGUACCGUCAUUUGCCUAGCAAUACUGAUCAAGAGUUGGAUAUUAACGAUGAAAAUACUUUGCAGUUGGGAGAAACUUUUAAUCUACUCCAAGCUAUGUGCACUAUGGACUUCUGGAUUUUGUUCAUUGCCAUGGCAUGUGGAAUGGGAUCGGGACUUGCCACAGUGAAUAACCUCAACCAGAUAGGAAAAUCGCUUGGUUACUCAACCUUUGAAACAGGUAGUUUGAUUUCUUUGUGGAGCAUCUGGAAUUUCGUCGGGCGGUUUGGAGCUGGUUAUGUAUCAGAUUAUUUCCUGCAUGCGAAAGGAUUGGCGAGGCCAUUGUUCAUGGUCAUCACUCUAGCAGGCAUGAGCGUUGGUCACGUAGUGAUUGCUUCCGGUAUGCCUAGCGCUCUUUAUGCUGGAUCCUUACUGGUGGGCGUCUUUUAUGGUUCUCAAUGGUCACUAAUGCCCACAAUCGCUUCUGAGAUAUUCGGCGUGCUACAUAUGGGCACCAUAUUCAACGCCAUUACAAUAGCCGCGCCUGUAGGAUCUUAUAUCUUUUCUGUGAGAGUGAUCGGCCAUUUUUAUGACCAAGAAGCGUCGGGAGCUUGGGAUACAUGCGCCGGAAUUCGCUGCUUUAGGUUAUCAUUCCUUAUUAUGGCAUGUGCUACCGUCUUCGGAUCUCUCACUGCCUGGGCUUUGUUCUUUCGGACACGAAGUUUCUACGGUCGGGUAAUCCGACGACUGCUAUGUUCUGUGCCAAACUAG